CGCUGUAGGUGUUUCAGCUCGAUCUGCUUCCCCCGCUGCUGAUCUGCUUCCCCCGCUGCUGCCCACCCUGUCCCAGCUCUCCGCACACAUGGAUGCCUCGGAGGUGCGCUACUGCUCCCGCUUCAACUAUAUCUGCCUUAAAUUUGCCCUCAUCGUGUACAGCACCAUAUUCUGGCUUGUAGGGGCCUUUGUUCUGGCCAUUGGGAUUUAUGCUGAAGUGGAGAGACAAAAGUACAAGACUCUGCAUGGUAUCUUCCUUGCUCCGUCUAUUAUCCUCAUCCUCCUGGGGGUGCUCAUGUUUGUGGUAUCGUUUAUUGGUGUCCUGGCCUCCCUCCGUGAUAACCUGUGCCUGCUGAAAGUGUUCAUGUACACCUUGGGCGUCUGCUUGAUGUUGGAACUUAUCGGUGGAGUCAUCGCUCUGAUCUUCAGGCACCAGACCAUGGAUCUUCUCAAUCAUAAUAUUGGGAAAGGAAUCAAGAAUUAUUACGAUGAUCUUGACUUCAAAAAUAUAAUGGACUUCACCCAGCAACAGUUCAGAUGUUGUGGCGGAAAAGACUACUUGGACUGGGAACAGAAUGAAUACCAUAAGUGUUCUGCCCCUGGACCCCUUGCCUGCGGAGUUCCUUACACCUGCUGUAUGCGUAACAAGACGGAUGUUAUGAACACCAUGUGCGGCUAUAAAGCCAUGAAUCUUGAACGCCUGGAUGCAAUAAAGUUUAUCUAUGUUCGAGGUUGUACGGAUGCAGUGAUUAUCUGGUUUCUAGAUAAUUACACUAUAAUGGCAGGUGUCCUGCUGGGUAUCCUCUUACCACAGUUCCUUGGCGUCUUGCUUUGCCUUCUCUAUGUUACUCGUAUUGAAGACAUUAUCAGUGAGUGGGACAGUUCUGGAGUUCUCCUGGAUGGAGAUUCCGUUAAACGUGAGAUUGAAUUUUCAAAAAAAGGCUGCUGCAGUUGCUACCCGGGUAUGGAAUCAACCGCUUGAUGGUGCAUGAAAUGGACAGUGCCAAAUCUACUUCUCCAACAUACACUCUUUGUAACAGGACCUCACUAACUACCACUAAAGCUGUAAAGUUUGUUUGGAAGCCUGGUGAUCUAGUAACAAAAUAUGUAUUAAUUAUUAUCAGGGUUAAAAACAACAUAUUCCAAUGUUGUUGCAUCUUUUGAGCUGUUGCAGAGACUUUAGGUGCUGAUGGAUAUUGUAGCAAAAAUCCAUAGUGUCAGUUGUACACAUUUCUGAUUUAUCUGAGUGCUAUCCAUAAUUUAUUCCUGUGAUCUACGUUAUGAUUUUAAAAAGGCUUUAGCGUGCAGUUACUUAUUCACGUUUCAUGAGUUUACACUUUUGCAAUUGCAUGUAAAUCUUUUAGUAAUUUUUACUUACUAACAAAUCAUUUUUUUCCAGGUCAUCAGUACUUACAUGGAUUGCUCUGUAAUGAAAUACUACUUUUCUACAAAUAUUUACUAGCAUCGGGCAAAAAUGUACUUAUUCUAUAGUAAAGGAAAGAACAGAGAUAUCAUUAAGAGCAGUUAAACCAGCUGCUUGCAUUGCCCUUUGCUUCUCACUUCUUAGCCGUGUUUAGAACAGUUUAUCUUGUCAUGUGCAUCCUUUUGUGCAUCAGCACCUUGUCUCCAGCAGUUCCUUACCAGUAACUUACAGCUACCAUGCAAAUCACAUAAGCAAAAUAUUUGCAGUUAAACAAAUUAGAACAGUCUGACUGGACUAAUUGGUUUGUAUUCAGGUUUCCAAGUGCCAGUAACGAUUCUAAAAUUUCAAAUGUGCCUUAAGCAACACACAUCCAACCACAACACUCUUAUUAAUGUUGUUUUUUAGGGUGAACCCAAAACUAAAACCCUUGCAGUGUUUUUUUUGUUUGUUUUUUUUAACUCUAGCCAUAUCUGUCUGAAAGUACAGCAGUUGUAGAUGAUAAAAGUGAAAGCUCCCUAAACAUCUUCUACAAAGUCAGUCCCCAUUUUUGUCCUGCACCCUCAUCUAAGGUAGGUGCAACAAACAGCAUAUUAAAGGCUCGUUUACUAACACAAUGCAUUGCAAAGUACAAAACUUAGUCCAUUCAAAUGCUAUUCACAAAGGUACUUGCACUAAUUUGCUGAUUGCAAAGAUGUAACUUACAGAUACUUUACCAAUGUGAAUAAAGCAUUUAAAAAAUAGCACUGUAUUGUGGGUGUAAAAAGUGGCAUUUGUAAUAUAAAUGAGUCCUAUAGGAGCUGCUCAUAUCUUGGGAUACAAAGCCACCCAAAGAUGAUGUACAGGAGGACCCCUGACACAGCAAAUCUUCCUCUCUUGAUGAGGUGGUAAGAUAACAUUUCUGUGCUGAAUCAACAGUUUUUUUGUGACCAGGGUCAACAUAUUUUGGUUAACUGGUCAGACAGCAAAUAUCUGCAUGGGAAGGGAGUUUCUGGGUAUGGUUACAGCUAUGCUGUCAUAGGGUGCUGUACAUUCAAGCUCACUAUAGCACUAGAGUCAAAGAACAAUGAUGAUCCUGUUCUUUUGUAAUUCUUACUCAUAGGGAGUUUUUGUUUUCAUCAGCAGAGUUUAACCAUUAGGAACAGAUAACCUAUGAAUAUACAUAUCUCAGGAACUCAAGAGAUGUCAAGGGGCAUAUUUAUAAAAAUGCAUUGUUAAUUUUACACAAAAAAGCUGCAAAAUGUUACCGCUGUGGCAUUUAAAAUGUUGUAACAGGUUAUCAUUUGCAUACAUUGUGUAUGUGAAAGCUCAGGUUGUGCCUAUAUUUAAAAUGAUUUACACUGGAAUUCAACUCAGACGUUUACAUCUCAGUGGACUAAAUUCUUGCUAUUUUCAUAUUGCCUUUAUAAUUAUUGCCCCCAAGUUACAGAUUCUACAGGUCCAUUGAAAUUCUUCUUGAAAAUAAUUUUUAUCUCAAGCAGCCAAGGAUUCAAAAGUAUGUCUUCUGGGUGUGUUUUGCAAAUCCUUGAGACAGGGAAUAGAAUAGAUAACACAAAUUGCAAGAUGGAGAAGUAAAUUAGUUUUCUCACUAGUGCCUCAUUAUUUUUUACACUGUGAAGCACUGGUACUGAAGUUGGCCAUAGUAUGAAUGCUCUGCUGCUAUAAUAUGUGUUGGGUUGUGUUUGUAAUGUAUUCUAAAAAGCUUUAAUCUAAUGGGGAGUUUGUCUUUAACAUGUGCCUCUUCUUAAUGUGUUUUUUAAUAAAUAAACCUUUGUAAAUCUG